UGUUUUCCCGUGCUAGAGCAAAAUGUGAAAAAGCGUUGACGGUCAUGCCUUUCUCCCCACACAAAUCUAAAUUUGCUACUUAUAGCUUCGUAGCAUAAAGUAUGUCUGACAUAAGUGGUGAUGUCAUCACCAACAUGGAAAUAAAAAUAUAUAUAUACCGAGAAUAUCAGCAGGUUAAUCCAUAACUCUAUUUCUCUUUCUUUUCUGGAAACGAAUAUGCAAACAUCAGCAGCUUCGUCAGUAAUAGUUUCGGUAGCUCUAGCUGUUGUAUUGUGGUGGAUAUGGAGAACUCUAAAGUGGAUUUGGUUCAAACCAAAGAUGCUUGAAAGUUACCUGAGAAGACAGGGUAUUGCCGGAACGCCUUACACGCCACUUGUCGGAGACAUGAGAAGAGACAAUAGCAUGUCAAAGGAGGCAAGGUCCAAACCCAUCAAACUAACGGAUGAUAUCAUUUCACGUGUAUUGCCUUUCCCCUCGCAGAUGCUCAAGACUUACGGAAGGACUUUCUUUACAUGGCGUGGCACUAUACCAACCGUCACUAUUACGAAUCCUGAGCAAAUCAAAGAAGUGUUCAACAAAGUUUAUGAUUUCCCAAAGCCACAUACAUUCCCUUUGAGCAACCUUGUAGUCAGUGGACUCUUCAGUUAUGAUGGUGAUAAAUGGGCAAAACACAGAAGAAUCAUCAACCCUGCUUUCCACCUUGAGAAGAUCAAGAAUAUGGUACCUGUAUUCCAUCAGAGCUGCAACGAGGUUGUUGACAAAUGGGACAAGAUAGUCUCGGACAAAGAGUCAUCCUGUGAGGUGGACGUCUGGCCUGGGCUUAUGAGUAUAACAGAAGAUGUGAUCUCUCGUACUGCUUUUGGCAGCAGCUAUAAAGAUGGACAGAGGAUAUUUGAGCUCCAAACAGAACUAGCACAGCUCAUCAUCCAAGCUUUUCGAAAAUCUUACAUCCCUGGAUAUAGAUAUCUCCCAACAAAGGAUAAUAAAAGGAUAAAAGCAGCAGCCAAAGAAACUCAUGAUAUACUGAAAGGGCUCGUUAAAAAAAGGUUAAGGGCAAGAGAGGCUGGGGAAGCACCAAACGAAGAUUUGUUAGGUAUACUUCUUGAAUCAAAUUUAGGGCAAGCUAAGGGAAAUGGAAUGAGCAUUGACGAUGUGAUAGAGGAGUGCAAGUUGUUCUACUUUGCUGGGCAAGAGACAACUUCAGUACUUUUAGUUUGGACAAUGAUUCUGCUAAGCCAACACCAAGACUGGCAGGAUCGUGCACGAGAAGAAGUGCAGCAAGUUUUUGGUGAUAAAGAACCCAAUAUAGAAGGCCUUAACCAUCUCAAAAUUAUGACAAUGAUAUUUAAUGAGGUCCUUAGGCUAUAUCCUCCAGUAACUCAGCUGAGUCGAACCAUUCACAAAGAGAUGAAGCUAGGCGACCUGAAGCUACCAGGUGGUGUUCAGAUCAAUCUACCUAUUAUGCUUCUCCAACGUGAUACUCAGCUAUGGGGGAACGAUGCAGCAGAGUUCAAGCCGGAGAGAUUCGAAGAUGGUGUCUCAAAGGCAACAAAGAGCCAAGUCUCCUUCUUUCCCUUUGCUUGGGGACCAAGGAUCUGUAUUGGCCAAAAUUUUGCCUUAUUAGAGGCAAAGAUGGCAAUGGCAUUGAUUCUACAUAGAUUCUCCUUUGAGCUUUCUCCUUCCUAUGUUCAUGCUCCUUACACAGUCUUCACCCUCCACCCACAGUAUGGUGCUCAUCUUAUCCUCCACAAGCUAUAGUUCCAUGCUAAAAAUAAUAAAACAUUGGACGUGAUCCCAAUAUUUAAAGUCAAUUUUUAAAGCAUAUUGUAUCCAAGCCAGAGCAGUAAAAGUUGAAUUCAAAAUCAACAGCUCUACUGACCAGAUCUUCCCUGGCUGUUAAAUAACGUUACAUUCCAUUUUUAACUGAUGAUAAUAUCGACCAUUUCUGCAUU